AUGUCAAGCUCUGGAAAGAAGCACGAUGUAUUCAUUAGCUUUAGAGGCCAACAUACAAGUGCAAGCUUCACAAGCCAUCUUUACGGUGCACUCACAAGAGAAAAGAUCAAAACAUACAUUGAUUACGCUCGGAAGAUCGAUUUCGGGCUGAACUUGUCAAAACAAUUCAAGACUCAACUGUAUCUCUCGUUAUAUUCUCAGAAAACUACGCUUCAUCAAAGUGGUGUUUGGAUGAAGUCGUUGAAAUACUUGAGUGUAGAAAAAAUCAAGGUCAAGUCGUUAUACCUGUCUUCUAUAGAGUAG